AUGAGCCAACAACCACAGCCAGGAGUUCAAUACAAUACCGGAAGAUGUAAAGAACAUUCUUGUAGUUGUCCAAACUUUUAUGGAGAUAAUAAUCCAAACAUAUGCGUUCAUUGUAAACAUGAUCUCGUUAUACACCUAGACUUUGAAAAUUUACCAGAUCAUCCUAACUAUCGGAAUAGGUACCUCGAAAACCAGAUGCAUUCGUCAAUUGAACUUCAUACAGACCAUAUGAAUCAAAUGCAUCAACCAGUGCGAGAACAACCACCUCCAAAUACUAUAUGGUUUUAUAAUCGCAACGAAGAAUAUUAUGAGUUUACUAAUUUCAAAGAAGGUUUUCCAAUUAAUAUCUCAAUGGGUGAAAUUAGUACCAAUUUCAGAGAUUUUUAUGAAGUAAAAUCAUGGUCCACAAGCGAGCAUCUUUUCCAAGCUGCAAAAUUUAAGGAAAGUCACCCAGAAAUCGUUGAACAAAUUAGAAAAUGUCGUUCUCCCAGGGAUGCAUUAAAUCUAGCCAGAACUAACCAACAUUUGGUGGAUCCAAAUUGGCAAGAUAUCAAUGUAAAUGUUAUGAAAUGGGCAGUAAAAGCUAAAUUUGUACAAAAUCGUAGAUUAGCAGAAAGCUUGUUGUCGACGGGUGACAAAAAACUUGUAGAACAUACAAAUAUUGAUAAAUUUUGGGGUGAUGGAGGCGACGGGAGUGGACUUAAUUGGCUUGGAAAUAUUUUAAUGGAAGUUAGAAAUGAAUUGAAAACAGAAUUUCAGUAUCCCCCACCGUCAUCGAAUUUGCCACACAGUAUGUAUAAUAUUGGGUCGGGACAAAAUGGAUCAGAAGGUAAUAUACAAAUUCCUCCGCAAUUACCACCACGCAGGGCAGUAAAACGAGACUUAUCUAAAUUUAAGAAUCAAUCCAAUCAAAAUAAAGAUCAACAAUAUAUUCAAAAUCAACAAUAUAAUCAAGAUCCAAAUCAGAUCCAGUAUGCGUUUCAAACUCCGCAACAAAUUCCGACUCAACAAUCGCUUCAACACCGAAAUUAUCAACAAAAUGUAAAUCAACCACCUGAAAAUUACAAUGUGUAUUAUAUACCAUACGGUCAGCAGAAUCUUAAUAACAAUCCCGAUAUGUAA